AUGCCCUCCAUCCCCCGAGAUGAGGAGGGCCCAAAACAGGUCGGAAAGGGUCAGUGUGGAACAGUGUGGGCUUUAAAGCAUCUCGCGUUGAAGACCCCCGACGAGGGAAUGCUGGAUCAGCUCUGGAACGACUGCUGCAAUCACAGAAAGGUUGAGGGGGCAUUUCAGCAAGCGUCCUGGGAAUUCCGCUCGAGUGUCAACAUCCUUCGCUGGAAUAGCUGGGUUCGGCCCUCUAAGCGAGUCUUCUGGACCGAGUUUGGCGGCUUGUUUCCUGAAGAAUUCCAGCCGACAAGUGGCAUUCUAUCGACCAGAAUACACCCUCUCCCUCCGCCUCUCCGCGAGGUCCUUGUCGACCUCUUCGCUCCCCCGUCCGUCAAGGCAAACAAGGCGAAUUUCCUGGCCAGUCCGGAAAAUCAUGACUGCCUGGUCCGCCUUUACCUGGGUCGAAGAGCCGAGCGGUCAGUGCCUGCCUCGUUUAGACUCCGCAAUUUCGAUCUCGUGGUCAAUGAAAUGAAGUAUCUCCAACUUGAUACGGCGCAGAUUGAUGCAAAUGAUGUUGAAUUUGUCUUUGGGAGGACUCCGGGCCUGGAUAUCGCACCGGCAACUCCGCAAUCAGGGACCAGAGGCUGGAAGCAUUCCAGCUUCGACAACUUCUUCAGUUUCGAGACAUUCCCAGAGUCCGCCGCGGGCGUGAAGCAGCUGGAAAAGGCCGUUUAUUUCAACCAUCCAUAUUAUCCCCGACUAUUUUCGAAGCAACCUAACGACAUGGCCUUGUGGGAGACCUUCAAGGCCGCUCACCUCCAGGCCAGCGCACGUCUAACAGAGAGCGAAAUGCCGGGACUGUUUAUCGAGGCAGUCGAGGAAGAAGGCCGAAGGCGUGCUGCCGGAGGCUCUAUCUUCCAGUAG